AUGCGGUAUUUGUGCAAGUCGAUCCUUCUGGCGGUGCACACGAUACUUCUGGCCUCCGCCGCGUCGGACCACGAAAAGUACGCGUUGCUCCACGUCAGUGCUCACGAUGCGCCCGCUUUGCAUCUCAUCAAACAGCUUCAGUUAAACGACUACAAAUAUGAUGUAAGAGUCGAAUAUUUGAAUUCCAUCAACGAGUUGUUUCAGCUCGACUUCUGGAAAUCUCCUUCUGCCAUCUCUGAAAAGGCUGAUAUUAUGGUGAAACGUGGCAAGUCGGAAAGAAUGCUCCGUCAGAUUCUCUCAUUUGCCAAUGUGACUGUGUCGAUGUCCGUCCCUGAUGUCGAAAAGUGAGCGGAGCAGAACAGAGCUGGUCUGGUGGAAACCAGAGAUUGUUUUCAGGUUGAUCAUGAGAAACGAGGGUACAACUUCCAAAUCUCGUCUUCCAUCUUUCAUGAAAUGGCUUCAUGACGAUCCGAUUCUGGACAGUGAGCGUAAGUUGCGAAGCGCAACCCUCCCCAUUCUAAACAUCUGAUUUCCAGCUGACCUUGAUCUCACCAAAGUUGGUACCCUGAAGAAGGCAAAGUACCCGUUCGGAGACUACGCAUCCUACGCGGACAUGGUCAAAUACAUGAGGACGAUCGAGUUCUACUACCCGCGCAUUGCCAAAAUCGUUCGGAUCGGAGCGACUCACGAGGGAAAGCCGAUUGAGGGAUUGAGAGUGAGUUGGAAAGGAUACGGUAAAGCGGAAAAGGGAAUCUUUCAGAUCGGAGCCAAUUCUUCGCAGAAAAAAAGAGCGGUCUGGGUGGACGGCAACAUUCACGCGAGAGAGUGGGCCAGCAGUCACACCGCCCUUUAUUUCAUUAAUCAAGUCAGUACACAUAACUCUGACUCUGACUGAACCUUUUUCUCGUUUUGCAGUUGGUGUCCGAGUACGGAAAGGACGCGCAGAUCACCAACUACCUGGACACCCUGGACUUCUACGUCGUGCCGUGCCUCAACCCGGACGGCUACGAAUACACGCGCAGUUCGCCCAUUCCGAGCGUCCGUCUCUGGCGCAAGAACCGUUCUCCGGAAGUGUGUCGUCCUUCGCUUUGGGGCGGAGAAAAGUGCUGUCAGGGAGUGGAUCUCAACAGAAACUUCCGAUUCCACUGGGCCGAAAAAGGCUCUUCAUACGAACCGUGCUCGAACAUUUACCACGGAGAGGAAGUAUUCAGUGAGCCAGAGACUAAGUAGGUUACAGAGAAUGCGAAUUUGGUAAACACGAAGAAAAUUGCAGAGCUAUUCGAAACUUCCUGGGAACUCCGGACAUGAAGGACCGUCUGGAUGCAUUCGUGACCCUCCAUUCUUACGCACAGUUGUGGAUCUAUCCGUACAGUCACAAAGAACAGAGCUAUCCAGAGGACAUCGGAGAGCUCAGAAAGACCGCCCGCAAGGCCAUCAACCGUCUCUCUCGCGUCUACGGAACCAACUAUCGGAUGGGAACAGGAGCAGACACUCUUUGUAAGAACACUAUAUGUCUCUCCGAGUCAAUCUUCCCUUCUGUUUCCAGCUCCGGCCGCCGGUGGAUCUGAUGAUUGGGCAAAGUCGGCGUUGAGCGUCAAAUACGUGUAUCUUAUUGAGCUCCGUCCACAAAUGGAAUGUAAGAGAACGUUGUCCAGAUAGCAGAAUUCGUAAUUGCUCGUUCAGUAUCUAACGGAUUCAUUCUUCACAAGAAAGAGCUGAUUCCAACUGCAGUCGAGACUUUCGAAGGAUUCCGCGAAGUCGUCGACGCUGUUCUCGUCCUCAACAAUGGCACGUCAACGUCAUCUUCAGGAGCAGCGACAACAAGAAAAACAAUUUCGGAUUUGCAGAUGAGAAAGCAGCAAUGUAAGAGAGGGAGAGUGGAAAGAAAGACUAAAAUGUUUCAGAUCGCAUGCGUCUUCUUGCUUCUCAAAAAGAAACCACUCGGAGCAGCACGACGAAGUCAACCACAACCACGAACACAUCCACGACAUCCGCAGCAGCAACAACGACAACUAUCAGCCAAGGUAAUUGUCAUUUAUCAAUUCCUCGAAAUAUCUUCCUAUUUUCCAGCCUCAUCCAAGACAAGUCGUCACUUCGACCGUUUCACCGCCGAUCCGAGCUCUUCGACGCGUGCCCGUCCGACUCCUCCGAUGGCCCCGCCCACUAUGACCGCUUCCACCGAGUUCUCAACAACGACGACAGAACGAGAGGACAUCACCGGCGUCGCUUCUUCUUCGUUGGCUUCUCGAGCCACCACUUACGGAUACUACACGGCCACAAAACCAUCGGCGUUCCUUGAUCCAGAGUGCAGAGAUAUGCGGUAGAUGAAUAACUUUCCACUUCUUUCCAAACACAUUCUCUUGCAGUUAUUCGUGCGGAUUCUGGCUGAAAAACAACAAGCAAGUGUGCGAGGAGCAGCAGUCGUUCAUGCGUGCUCAGUGCGCCUACACGUGUCAAUUCUGCACGUCGUUUAUCAAAAGACACUAA